GGCCCACAGUGUGGCCGGUGUUGAGGUGGAUGCAGAGAUAAGCGUAUUUUGAGGAAGAUUGGGAGGAGGAGGCAAGAGAAGGGCGGGGGAGAAGAGGCAAGAGGAGAGAGGAUGGAGAGGGAGUGAGACCCGGAUGCUGAUGCGAGUGGGGCAUAGGAAGGAAGAGGAGAACGAAAAUAUCGAUUUACGGCAAGAAAACGGAGUAUCAUACAAGGGGCCUUUGCCUUGCAUGAACUGUAAUUAGAAGUGAAGUCGGGGUGAAAGCAACUGAUAAUCUUGCGGGCCGAUUCGUGUGUUUUCACCUGUGUAUCCGCCGCUGAGGAAGGAGGACACGCCAAAGGAGAGAGGAGAAGAUGCUGUGAUCCGCUACUUGCAGUGAUGUAGGGAGGCAGAGACGAGUAGAGGCUGGGAGGGGGAGGACUAUGCUACGCUAAAGAAAUGGAUGUUCGGCGAGGAAUACGCGGUUUACCUCGAAAUAUUGCGAGAAUGUGGCGGCCGUCUGAUAAAUAUGACCAUUUGGCGAUGCCUGGAAACUUCAGACGGUGUGGGUUUUUUUGACAGGCGGCGCGCGCGAGACAGCACUUGGUUGAGGCGUUGAAGCUAAAGCUAGCCUCGCUGCUGUGUGGGAGAGCGGCGGCGAGGCUAAAAUAGCAUGUUGUUGCACCUGUAAAAUAGGCCUGACAGAGAAAAUAACACUGGUUUUCAUUUCCAGCGCUAGCCUCAGCUGUACCUACUGGACAUUUCGUUGGUAACAUUCAAACAGCAAAUGGCAUAAUUUUUUCCAGCAGAGGUGGAAAACUGUCUGUUCAGCGGCUAUAGGUUUUCCUAUUAACCGUCAUAUAGUUAAUGUCAUUCAUGUGACAACGUGCAAGCUAUAGAAAUAAGCUAAUGUAUAUAAGUAAAAUCAUUAGUUUCCUUACAGCCCCUCACCAUGUUAAGGUAGGGUAGUGGUCAGUAUUUAACGCAGAAAACAGUCUUGCAACUUACUAACGUCUCAGUUUUUCAGCUUCAAUCUUGCAAGCUAUUUUUUUUUAUUUUCUUGUCAUGUUGACCCUGUCCCAGAACCAGGAAAUAUCUAACUCGAGUUAGAUGAACACCCUCCAUCUUUAACAUUUAUAUGUUGUAAAGGUUUGACGUGCUUUUUACAUGUUAGUAAUGUCAGAGUAGCGGUGUUAUCCCUGAAAUAAAAGGCUGUCACUCUAAGUUGAGCAUCAUGUUGUAUCCUACAAAAACUACUUUUUAAGCUGUACAAUAUUACAGUAUUUGCAAUAAACACAGUGCAGUAUCAGUUAUUAUUGUGUAUUCAACUCCAGUAAGAGCAGUAUGAGUAAGGAACUGUCUCUGAGUCAGUCAGCUCAAUAUGUUGGGCCCUAUCGACUGGAGAAGACUCUGGGGAAGGGACAGACAGGACUGGUCAAACUGGGGGUCCACUGUAUUACGGGUCAGAAGGUAGCGAUCAAAAUAGUCAACAGAGAGAAGCUGUCUGAGUCAGUUCUGAUGAAGGUUGAGAGGGAGAUUGCCAUUUUGAAACUGAUUGAGCAUCCGCAUGUGUUGAAGCUGCAUGAUGUUUACGAGAAUAACAAAUACCUGUAUCUGGUGUUGGAGCAUGUGUCAGGAGGGGAGCUCUUCGACUACCUGGUGAAGAAGGGCAGACUAACUCCCAAAGAGGCCAGAAAGUUCUUCAGGCAGAUCAUCUCUGCUUUGGAUUUCUGCCACAGUCACUCUAUCUGUCACAGAGACCUGAAGCCGGAGAACUUGCUCCUAGAUGAAAAGAACAAUAUUCGCAUUGCAGACUUUGGCAUGGCCUCCCUACAGGUGGGAGACAGUCUGUUAGAGACCAGCUGUGGAUCACCACAUUAUGCCUGCCCUGAAGUUAUACGGGGGGAGAAAUACGAUGGGCGGAGAGCAGAUGUGUGGAGCUGUGGUGUCAUCCUGUUUGCUUUACUGGUGGGUGCCCUGCCUUUUGACCAUGACAAUUUACGCCAGCUACUGGAAAAGGUGAAGAGUGGGGUGUUCCAUAUGCCCCACUUCAUCCCUCCGGACUGCCAGUCUUUGCUCAAAGGCAUGAUUGAGGUCAACUCCGAAAAGAGGCUCACGUUAGAGGCCAUCCAGAAACAUCCUUGGUAUCUGGGCGGUCGUAAUGAGCCAUGUCCUGAGCAGCCUCCUCCCAGGCGAGUGUGUGUGAGGCGAAUCUUGUCCCUAACUGAGCUGGACCCAGAUGUGUUGGACAGCAUGCACUCACUGGGGUGUUUCAGAGACCGAGUCAAGCUCACACGUGAUUUGCAAUGUGAAGAAGAAAACCAGGAGAAAAUGAUCUAUUACCUACUGCUGGACAGGAAGGAGCGUUACCCCAGCUAUGAGGAUGAGGAUUUGCCUCCACGCAAUGACAUAGCAGACCCUCCUCGAAAGCGUGUUGACUCUCCUAUGCUGACACGCCACGGUCGCUGCCGUCCGGAGAGGAAAAGCCUGGAAGUGCUGAGUGUUACUGAGCAGGGGUCUCCUACCCCACCUCGCAGGGCUCUGGACACAGCUGCACACAGCCAGAGGUCUCGCUCAGUCAGUGGAGCUUCAAGUGGACUCUCUUCCAGCCCCCUCAGCAGUCCCAGGUCCUAUCAAAGCCCCGUCUUUACUUUCAGCCAAUCAGAUGUCACCUCUGCCACCGCUUCUCCCCUCACAAAGGAUUCCAAACAGGGAAAUGCCACCACUCCUCGCUCAGCACGGGCUCAUGAUAAGCCCAAAGCUCCCCCCAACCCAAAGACUCAGACCUUGCCCACCAAAGGACCCACUGGCCGACCCUGUCUGCAGCCCAUCAAAUCCUUGCCUCUGCACAACCCAUCCUCCCGCUCGCCUUCCCCUUCCCCACUCCUGUCACCCAUUCCCCGUUUCUUCUUCCCUUCGUCCUCUGUCCUGAAGUCAGUGACUAAGAGCUUCUACCCAAACUCUGCCCACUCUGUGCCGCAGGUCACCCCCCAGGGUUCUCCGUUGCCCACACCUUUGGGCACCCCUGUCCACCACCCUCACCACCCUUCCUCUACCCCGCCCUCCUCUUCCUCAUCCUCGUCCUCCUCACGGGCAGAGGGAGGGGGAGGGGUGGGUUCGCUGUCGCUGACCCCGCCAUCCAGCCCUGGAGGGGGAAGUGGUAUGGCGGCCAGCAGCUCCGCUCACUGGCGGACUCGCCUCAAUUCUUUCAAGAACAACUUGCUGGGCUCACCACGGUUCCAUCGUCGUAAAUUACAAGUUCCUACAUCAGAAGACAUGUCCAGUCUAACACCAGAAUCAAGCCCUGAACUGGCCAAGAAGUCGUGGUUUGGGAAUUUCAUUGGAUUGGAGAAAGAGGAGCAGAUCUUUGUGGUGAUCAGAGACAAACCUCUAAGUUCUGUCAAAGCCGACAUUGUCCACGCUUUCCUGUCAAUCCCAUCUCUCAGCCACAGCGUCCUCUCCCAGACCAGUUUCCGGGCCGAGUACAAGUCCUCCGGCGGUCCCUCCGUCUUCCAGAAGCCCGUCAAGUUCCAGGUGGACAUUGCCUUUUCCGAGGGCGAGAGGGAGCGGGACAGGGAGAGGGCCGAGAGGGAGGGCAGGAGGGAGACAGGAAUCUACAGCGUGACAUUCACCCUCAUAUCCGGCCCGAGUCGCAGGUUCAGACGGGUGGUGGAAACAAUUCAAGCUCAGCUUCUCAGCUCCCAUGAUCAGCCACUGGUACAAGCCCUAUCUGAUCCCUUUCCAGAUGAGAAGAACGGCCGGCCCCACGGGACCCCCACCCGCCAAAACUCAAGGCGCUCUGAGGGUGGGGGCGACAGGUGCGAGUGGGGCGAAAGAGCAGACGGCGGAGGCAUAGGAGGCAGCGGAGGAGUUCUGCAGCGCAGAGGCUCGGCAAAAGAGAGAACCCGACUGCUGUCCUCUAAUGGAACCCAAUCCCAACCGUAGGAUAGAAAGUGAGACCAUGCUGCAGGAUGCCUAAAUAAUACCAGAAAACAAACUGUAUAACUUCAUCUCCAAGUAUCCCUGCAAGCCAUGAGCUCCUCCUAUUCUUCCUUGACUACGUUAUUGAAGGUGCUUGACCAUAGCAAGGAUUGAGCCUCCCUCCCAUAAACGCAUUUCUUUUUUUCUUUUUUUUUUUGCCAACUUCACAUUCUCUUAAUAUUUUGGAUCAUCAGGAUUCCUAUCCCUAAAUGAGAAAGAGUGUUGAAGAACCAUCCUUUGAUGAAAAAAAAAUGUGAAUGAAUAAUUUGGUAUCCAUCCAUCAUAUACACAGCUUCACAGAACAAACGAGGAUUUUUGAAGUGCUAAUGUGCAUGCCAGUUAGCAAACCAGCCUGCUAAAGGAUGCUGAGUUAGGCUAGUCUAUCAUGUCACUGUAAUACGGUAUCUGACACCAAAAAAAGUUGCAGUCUUGUGAUGGUUCUCAAGAAUAAUUUUUAAAUUAACCAGUGCGCUCAUAUCACUCUCAAGCAAAAUGCACAUAACAUACUAGUCCAUGCUGAAAGAAGUAUAUGAAUCCCUCCAGAAGAACCCUGAAGAGUUAGCAACCUGCUACCACCUGACUGAGCGGUGAUGAGUUGAACAGGAGGUCUCGUUUUUCACAAGAGAAACUCCAUCCUGGAAUUCCAGCAAUGACUUUUCUUCAAUGUAAAGAAAACCAACAAAGUAAGCUAAGUAAGUGAAUGUGGAAAAAAAAAAAAUAUUUUUAUUUAGUUUUAUUUUAUGUUUACGUAAAUCUUUUGAGGAUGUCAGUAGCACAGUGAUCGUAGUGAAGAUAGCCAUGAAAACACUCCAUGGCGCUUGAGAGGAGCAGCUGAUCACUUGCUUGUCAGCAGACAUUCAAUUAAAGAUAAAUGAUUAUUCUGAAUUUCCUUUUUACUCAGAGACGAUAUGAAACAGUGCAUCCCAGAAUUUGCAUUGGAUCCUAAUUGCUCUGAAGCAGUGUUUUUGAUUUGAACAGAAAUAUGGACAUUACUGUAUUAAAAAGAAAGAAAAAAAAAAACCACUGCGUAAAUAGUUCCAUGAACCUCAUCAGAGCUGUUUGUGCCCAGACUGAAUGAGAAGAGCAUUCCUGGCCUUUGGAUCUUACGGAAAUCGCCAUUCUUGUUGAGCUUGUCUCCAGUUGCCAUAGUAUUCACGCACUGACUUGUAACAAAAUAAAAGAAUCACAAACAAAAUUCAUCAGUGGACAUUUUCAUAAUGCCGGACUUACAAGGCUUGCGUCGUCGAUUGCUUGUUGAACAAGACUUCAGAAUUGGAAGCAAGCGGCUCCUAACCCUGUGCUCAUCCCAGUGUUCACCAACAAGCCAAGUAGUUCAUCGCUGCACCUGAGCUCGUCAAUGAGUGUCGCACUGUCCUGCAAGCAGACGUAGCAACUCGGACAUUCAUGUAUUACUCCAGUACUCUUAUCAGACAAGUCAAUGUUCUUCACCAGUCUUCCAUAAAGCACAAUAUGCAACAAAAGUGCAGGAUGUUUUAAGAAAGACACACAGUGCUACAAGCCUAUUUGUUAUAGUUAUUUUUCAUUUGUAAUUUUCCAAAUCUUUAUUUAUCAUCUUAUUUAUUUAUUUAAGUUAUGUAUUUAUUUGGAUGUCAUGUAUAUGUUGGCUAAAUUCAAUUUGAAGUCAUCAAAAAUGCAUCAAUAACAAAUCCAUGAAUCCUGCUGAGAUUCGUUUUUCAUCACCCCCCCCCCCCUUCAUUUGCGCAUUUCUCUUGAUGUGAAAGAAUAAUGUUGCUAGCAGUUCUGACAGGUGGAUCUUAUCUUCUGUCUUCAGUGAUCUUUGUCUGUAUCUUGCAUCUCUUUUAAUCAUGCUUAUCUCUUGUAACUUAAAUCUGUGUGAGACAGGUGAUUUAAGACUGAGUGAGAGUAUCCAUAAAACUUUACAGUAGAUAUAUUUUGAGCUGAUUAUGUAUGGAGAUUUUGGCCAACCCAACAAUAUUAAGUGAAUUAUCCAAGCCAAACCCUAACAGGCACAUGAUUUCUCCUCCACACUUUGAGUGCUUGCUGACUCGCUUCAACUCUUGCUUUCAUGCUUUGUCCCUUUGUCUUUUCUGUCUGCCUCUUCACUUCUGUUGUGUAUUCAUUAUCACAAGGGAAAAUGUACAAAGUUUUUUGCUUCACUGUCCAUACACAUUUUCUGAUUGUUCACUGUCUUCAGUUACAUCUGUCACAUCACCUUCACUUUCAUUGACCCAACUCUGGCUAAGAUUGUAAACUAUUCUCCAUUCAUAAGGGUCAGUAGAAUAAGGUGUUUAAAAAUGAAAUGUCUGUAUCAUAAUUUAAAUAUAAAAAGUGCACUAUUAUAACUAUUGCCUGUGAUAAAAAAGAACAAUUAUGAUUGAACUGAUGGUCAAAAUAAAGAGAGAUCCACCUUAUUGUUAUGGUUACAAUAAUAAACCCUAAAUUCAUA